CCCUUCCUGGGGAGUGGUGUACGUGUCCUACGCACGCGCUUUACAAGAGUACGUUCUUUUUUCCGAUCUCUGGAACAACGAACAUACAGUUUGAGUAGGCGACGGCGACGACGUGUUCUUCUUGAAUAAUGGCCACAGAACAGCAGACGAAUCAGGUGAAACUACAGACGAUGGACGAAAAUAAAGAGAACAAUAUCGACGGGAGUCUGGGCUUGGAGAUCCUGCAGAUCAUUAAGGAUUCCCAGCUACAGCAUGGACUCCGGCAUGGGGAUUACCAGCGCUACAGGGGAUACUGCUCAAGACGGCUGCGUCGACUGAGGAAGACUUUGGGCUUCAAAAUGGGCAACAGGCACAAGUAUACUGGGAAGAAGGUGACAGUGGAGAUGCUUUCGGACAGCAGACAUCUGUUGUUAGUAUUAAUGGAAGCAGAAAGAGCAUGGAGUUAUGCUAUGCAGCUAAAACAGGAAGCCAACACGGAGCCCCGGAAGCGUUUCCACCUUAUGGCUCGUCUGCGAAAGGCUGCUAAACAUGGAGAGCAGCUGGCAAAGCUGUGUGAAAGCCCUCGGGUAGACGCCAGGACCAAACUGGAGGCUCAGGCAUACAUUGCAUAUCUGACCGGAAUGGUCCAGUUUGAACUUCAAGAAUGGAAAUCUGCCAUGGAAGCCUUGAAUAAGUGCAAGACAAUAUAUGAGAAACUGGCAAGUGCCUUUACUGAGGAACAAGCAGUGCUUUAUCAUCAAAGAGUGGAGGAGAUCUCACCAAACAUCCGAUACUGUGCAUAUAACAUUGGUGAUCAAAAUGCUAUAAAUGACCUCAUGCAGAUGAGACUGAGUGCAGGUGGAGGUGGCGGCAUGAUGGCUGAAAAAUUGGAGGUGCUGAUCACCCAGACAAGAGCGAAGCAGGCAGCUAUGAUGAGUGAGGUUGAAUGGAGGGGUCGUACGGUUCCUGUUAAAAUUGACAAAGCCAGGAUCUUCCUUUUGGGUUUGGCAGACAAUGAAGCUGCUAUUGCAAAGGCAGAAAAUGAGGAGACAAAAGAGCAUCUGUAUGAGAGUCUGCUGGCAGAGUGCAGAGAAACCAUCCAGGCUGUCCGAGAGGAGCUCCGGACUGAUGUGAAGCAGAGGGCCGCAGACAAUGCUGAAAGUGGCAAGGUGUCCAAUCUUCAAUACCUGCAUAGCUACCUGACAUAUAUCAAACUGUGGACCGUAGUGAAAAGAAAUGAGAGCAUGGCUCAUGUACUGCAGGCUAAACUGAAGGAGCCCCAGACAGAUGAGAACAAGAGAGGACCGCGACCGCAAGACCUCAUACGACUCUAUGAUAUCAUCUUACAGAGUCUAGCUGAGCUGGCAACUCUGCAGGGUCUAGAGGAGGAUCAGAUCUUUCAGAAAGAGGUGGCAUUCAAGACGCUGGUGCACAAGGCUUACCGGUGUUUCUAUAUAGCGCAGUCUUAUGUUCUAGUGAAGAAAUGGAGUGAAGCUCUUGUUCUAUAUGAAAGGGUUUUGAAAUAUGCCAAAGAGGUGCAGGUAAAAGCCAAGAGCCUCAAAAACAGCAUCAAGGAUCUUCCAGAUGUCCAGGAGCUGAUUACUGAGGUCAAUACUGAAAAGUACUCCCUUCAGGCCGCAGCCAUCUUAGACUCGGAGGAUGUUGCUGAGGUACCUGCGCAACAGCCGUUUAAAGACACUACGCCUCUGUCUCAGCAUUUGGAUACUUUCCGACAUGACCCCAUCCUCCUGAGCAAGCAGCCCAAUCUGGUGCAGUUCCCUCCAGAAUUCCAGCCAAUCCCAUGCAAGCCUCUCUUCUUUGACCUGGCACUCAACCAUGUUGCUUUUCCACCUCUUGAUGACAAAGUUGAGCAGAAGGGCAAAGGUGGCAUCACAGGCUACUUUAAGGGCUUUUUUGGCUUUGGAAACUAAUGCUAGAUGAGCCUGAUUGGCAGCGUCACAGUACAUUUUAGUUAGUUCUGUUUAAUUUGUUACUAAUUCUGUCAUUACUUACUCCUCCUUGUGUCAUCUCCCACUGAGUUGAGUUAUUUUAUGUUUUCUUUUGAAGCUUUAGAAAAGGACAAACCCAAAAUGUUUUUUUUUUUUUAAUUCAGAGUGGUUGAGUAAUUAAAGUUUCGAUUUUGGUUGAACAAAAAUUUUGAUUCUGGUUUAUGGAUCUUUAUUCAGACCCAUAUCAUUUCCCAGAACCUUUUUGUUUUAGAUUUGAGGGGAAUAAAAGCAAUGUUCAAAAUUUAAAAUUGGUAUUUGGAGGUCAGAAUUAUAAGUUAAAUACAAGUUAUUUAAUAUUUUAUUUCUACAAGAAGUUUUACAUACAUCCUGCUAAGUGUCAUUGUUCAAGCUUGCGGCACAACAGUCAAUACAGCCUUUACCGCAGUGGAAACAUAAAUGAUUUAAUCUCCAAGCUAUUGAUCCCAAAAUAAAUGUAUUUUGCCUAGAUUAUAUAACCAAACUAUAUUAAAGUGGGUUUAUUAUCAGAUUGAGAUGGUGUAAAAUUGACACUGGAUAGCAUCUACUAGUUCCCACAUCAUAUUUUUUUUUUUUUUAAUAAAGAUUUUAACUUGUGUCCUUAAGUGGUCAGUUGCUGUCAGAAACUUGAUUUUGUACGAUUAAUUUUCAUUAAUUGGUAUGAAACCAAACUGCCAUAAGAUGAAGAUAAUGUUAUUUGAAUUGUCAGAAAAUAAUCAGCCUUUGUCAUCUGUGUGUUGUCUAAUGUGUAGAUUAAGAAAUGUAUUCAAUAUUUCCUACCUUGAAUUCUGAUCUCUACAUCUAGAAUGUUUUUUUGGCAUCUUGCAUGGACCCUGUGCACAUCACUACACUUUUAGGCAGCACACAAUAUUAAAAUAUUAAAUGCUUUGUGGAAAACAUUUUAGUGUCUUAUGUUGCUUUGAAAAUGAACUCAAAGAAUCUGUAAGGGGUAUGUAAACAAACUGAAAAUGUGUAAUUUCACAAAACUAAUUAAAAACUUAAAUUUUUAUCCCA